AUGGCCCCCAUCCACCACUUCUCCCUCCGCGUCCUCCUCAUCGUCCCCGUCCUCCUCGCCAUCGCCACCAUCGUCGCGCUCUUCGUCCACUCCGACGUCAACGCCGCUCUGCUCUGGUCCCAGUGCCACUCGCACGCUGCCCUGCCGCUGCUCAGCCGCAUCCCUCUCCUGGGCACGCCGCUGUGCUACCUGGUCAGCUUCUUCCAUGCCGCCCUCGACUCGCUGCGCAGCGUCGCCAUCAUGGCCGCCGUCCUCGCCUUCGUCGGCGGGCUCUUGACCGUCAGCACCGUCGAGGCUGCCCGCGUCUGCAACGCCCCGCAUGUCCUUGUCGCCUAUCCCACCGGGCCGUGGCUCGUCUUUAACCUGCUCGGCGGUGCUGUCGUGUGGGAGCUUGUCAUUAUCCCAGCCUUCUUCCAUUCCACCAAGGCCCUCUUUGCCGCGAGGAAAAGACGCCAGGAUGCCAACGAGGACCAAGAGGACCAAGAGGCCGCUUCCGAGACGGAGGAUCAGAGUAGCCACCUCCCAGACACCGACGUCGUUGCCAUUCCCGUCAGCGUGGCCCUAGGCUACUUUGUCCCCUCUAUCCUGAUGCUCGUCCUCAACUCUCCCGUCUCCAUUGGAAUCUGGCUCUUCUUCCCAGUCUACGUCUCCCUCAUCCGCCAAGCCGUCCGCAAGGUGGUCACAGCCGUGAAGAAGGUCAACCCCACCCUCAUCCAUCUCGAGUCAAACCGGCGCUCGCUCGCCAUCGUCUACGCUCUCCCCAUUGUCCUAUCCAUAGCGGCCCAUGUCUUUCUGCUGUGGAAUCUAACCCGGUCCGAUGAUCGCAAGAAGGUGACCAAAUCUACCCUCACAUUCAUUGAGAUUGAUAUCCAGUUCAUAUUCUGGACUGUUCUAUACUGGAUGCUCGUCGAAGUUGGUUGGAGGGUCCCCUUGGCCACGGUCGCCUGGUCAGUCUUCGUUGGUCCUGGAGCGGGAACUUGUCUGGGAUGGGUCUACCGCGAGACGCUCAUUCAUGAUGGCCGUAGCCUUGACGGACACGAGGAACCCGAACAUGGAAACGACGAACAAACCGGCCGGCUGGCAGACGAGGAGACGCCCCUGCUACAGUAA